AUGCGUGCAAUUCGACUUCUCCGACCGCGAACAGUCCAUGCCCUCAGGCAGUACAACACUUGCUCCUCGAAUCAUCCCAUCGAAUUCACAAACGAACAGAUCGGACGACUUUACACGGUGGAAUCAGACGCCACCAAAGCCUUGAAACAAAAGGAGACCCUUCCCAAACCAUACGCCGCUCAGUUGGACACCCUGCAAGAGUGCACGUGGCUGUGCCGCGCCCCACUAGUCGAAGCCGUCCACUGUUUGAAGGCGGUCCGACCCACGUUCCCGUCGAUUCGAAUGGUCCUCUGGGGACAAAUGGGGACCGGCAAAACGAUCACAUUGAAUCAGCUGGUCCACGCGGCCUUUCAACAGAAGUGGGUGGUCUGGCAAGUGCCCAGAGGUAAGAAAAACAAGUUUAUUUAAUUUAUUUUGGGUAUUCGAGGACAGAAAAGCUCAGAAUGUAAGGUGCAAGUAAUCUAGUUUGGAGUUUGAGCUCCAAAUUUGGGAUUUUCGUAAGAGGGAACGACUUGACCCAAAAUAUUUUUUCUGUCAAGUGUUUCUUUCUCAAGUUGGUUUUUGAUUCCGAAAUAGAACUGAAAGAUUACUAGUAGGAUUUGAAAGACAGUAAAUUGAAUAUUUUCAUCGAUUUUUAUCAAACAAAAUUUUUUUUUGAGUCAAGUCCUUUUGCGAUAUUUGUUGAUUUUUGAUAAUAGAAAGGUGUUGAUAGAUGAAUUUUGACCUGAUGAGAUUAUAACGUAGCUCAGAAAUUGAUUUUCAGUUCUCACUUGGACCAGAGUCAUCCGUGACAUUCAAGUGAACGCAAUUCGCAAACACCGAAUCGACACCCCCGAACACGCCGUGAAUUUCCUCACCCUGUUCAAAAGCCAGAAUCAACAUAUCUGGCAGACUCUCGGUGUAAGUUACCCAAAAUACGGAGUUUUUACCGCAAACGAAGAGUUGACUCGGAAAAAGAAAAACUUGACCCGAAAUUUCAGGAACUCAAAACUGAGCGCCAAUAUGAGUGGUCGAACGUGGAGAGGACUCCGCAGGGCUCGGCGUUAACGGACGUGGUGGAAAUGGGCAUUUUGGCGCCGUUUUCGGCCUGUGACUGUGUUGGUGUACUUGGCCGAGAGCUGCGAAGGCAUGCGACCGAAGGGAAGAUGAAGCUUUUGGUGGCUGUGGAUCAAGCCAAUUCGCUGUAUGGAAAUCGCACCAUGAUCAAAAAGAGCGAUUUUACCAAGGUAAAGGGAGAUUUUGUUUGAGGGAAAGACUUGACACAUUUUUUAUGGGGUUUAUGUGGAAGUGGGGGUUAUGGGCUCAGGUUUGAAACCUGAAUGUUUUUGAAGUCCUUGCGGGCUUUUGAGCAUAUUUUCGAGGCGGAUUUGUUGAUUUAGACGGCUCUAUGACUGUUUGUGUCAAGUGUUCCCCUCGAAUUUGAGAUUGUAAUUAUAAGUGGGAAAUGAACAGGGAUGAUCAAAUAAUUAGUAGAAAGUCUCACUACUUUGCGUUUUAGGCCCUUCCAGAGGAAGUCAGCCUGGUAGUUCACAUGCGCCGCUUCUUCGAAAAGAACUGGACCAAUGGGGCCUGCGUUUUGGUGGCGGACAAGGCCGAGUUCAGCAAGAUCAAAGAGAAUCUGGACUUCCCCCUGAACACACCUCUCGAGCUUUUCCGGGAAGAAGGUUUCGAAGCCAUCGACCCAUUCAUCCCCAUCGAAACAACACAUUACACUAAAGCCGAAGCGGACGCGUUGUAUCAAUAUUAUCUGGAAAAGAAAUGGAUCUCAUCGGCGAAAGGUGGGCUGAAAAGGGCGGAGUUGGACGAUUGGGGAAAAGGACGGUUGGGGAAAGGAACGGUUGGGGAAAGUACGAUUGUGGAAACCGAAAAGUAUUAUUUUUCUUCGAUGCAAGGUGUCGAAAUUAGGAUAAUCGAGGGUGCUGAUUUCGAAAAUGACAUUCAUUUUUUUGAUCUUUACUUUUUUCCUUAAGUAGUACUGUAAAGUAGUAAUUUUUUUGAAUUUUUUUCGCAAAUGCUCGAUUUAGGGGGUUUCGAUAUGCUGAUUUCAAAAAUCAUGCUAACUUUUCCUCUAGUACUGUAUAGUACUAUCUGACACUAUGUAGUACGAGGUGAAAAUAUGGCCUUUGACGUUAAUGGUGUUGUUGUGAUUCUGUAGUAAGCUUUUGAUGCUGUAGUAAGCAUCAAAACAACACCAUCAAUGUCAAAAGUCAUAUUUUCGCCUCGUUCUACAUAGUACUAGAUAGUACUAUACAGUACUAGAGGAAAAGUUAGCAUGAUUUUCGAAAUCAGCACAUCGAAACCCCCGAAUCGAGUAUUUGUGAAAAAAAUUCAAAAAAUGACUACUUUACAGUACUACUUAAGGAAAAAAGUAAAGAUCAAAAAAAAUGAAUGUCAUUUUCGAAAUCAGCACCCUCGAUUAUCCUAAUUUCGACAGUUGCAUCGAAGAAAAAUAAUACUUUUUGGUUUCCCCAAUCGUCCCUUUCCCCAAUCGUCCCACUUCCUUUGAGUUGGGCCUAUUUGAGUUACGGAAGUUUUCGUUUCAGGACGCACCGACGAAGCCCGAGAACAAAUGUACUACCUAAGCGGCUCCAAUCCCUAUCUAUACGAACGCCUCUGCGCCUUCAAUUAA